UUAAAGUGUUUUAAAAAAACUUAAAGAAAAAAACUGAACAGAAAUUAAUUAAGAAAAACAAACUUAACCAAAAAUCCAACAAAAUGCGUCCAUUCGGUAAUGAUAUUACAAAUAUUGCCAAUAAUGGCAACAACAAUAAUAACAACAACAAUAACAACAACAAUAAUAAUAAUAAUAACAAUAAUAAUGACAAUAAUAACAACGGCCUCUCAACUCAACAAUACGAAGAUGAUCCUCGAGUACCGCCUCAUAUUGCCAGAAUUGGUGGAAUUGUUACAUUUUCACCUGUAGCUGGUCGCGGUGUUAUACGGGUAGUGGGUCGCUGUGAGGAUGCCAAAGAGAACAACAUGUUGGAUUUAUCAGAAUGUGAAUUAAUGCAAAUACCAGAUGCUGUCUAUCAUUUAAUGCGCAAUACAGAAUUGAAAACCUGUGAUCUCAGCGGUAAUGUGAUCAAAAAGAUCUCUCCCAAAUUUGCCAUGAAAUUCAGUUUGAUAACAGAUCUAAAUCUCUCACAUAAUCAAAUGACAAAAUUGCCCGAUGAACUGGCGGAUUUGAUGAAUUUAACCAAACUUAAUAUCUCACACAAUUCAUUUAUUGUAUUGCCACCAGUGGUCUUCAAAAUGCCUAAAUUAAAGGAACUAGAUGCCAGUCAUAAUGCCAUUAUAGAAAUCGACACAGAUGAUGUUAUAACCAGUGAAAGUUUAGAAUUGGUAGAUUUACGUCACAAUCCCUUGGGUCGCACCUGUCAUCGUAGACUGAAAGGUGCCCAAACGCCUUUCCGUCUUGAGAUUUCUGAACUCAAUGAGGAUGAUGAAGACUGGUAGAUUUUUAUUAUUAUUAUUAUUAAAUUAUGUUUUGCAUAAUGAAUGAUAUUCAUUUAUGAACAAAUUUAGAAAAAUGAACCUAUAAAUAUCUCAAUAUUAAGGAGGCAUUAUUAUUAUAUCCCUAAAUCAUAUCACUACUCUCUAUUUAACGACAAUAACUCGCUAGUUUUAAGCUCUACAAAAUUAGUUGAUAAGUUUUUUUUGUGUUUUUUUGUAAUUUAAGUUUUAAACAACAAAAUACUUGCCUUUAAAAAAGAAAACAAAGAUAAUCUUAAAGAUUUAAAAAGAAAAUUUAAAAAAUAAAGAAAUAAUCUUAGACUUAAAGUCUCAAUUAAAUGUUAUUGCAAAUCCUGACGAUAACAUAUAAUCGAAUUACUGCAUUCUAUAUAGAAUAAAAUUGAUCGUAAUUUUCUUAUUUAUUAUAAUUUUAAUAUCGAAAUGAUCAUUCGAUCAUCAAUGCGGUAAUUCGGCCCCUGAUAUUAAGAAAAUGGGUCUAAGAAUAUUGUAUAUUAAUUGAUAGUUUAUACACUAACAUAUAUUUUUGCGAUAUUGUACAGUCUAGUAUUUAUGUACUAGUUUUCACUUAAAGAGAAACACAGAUUGCAAUAAAAAGAUCUCUUGAAAACCGGAAUUACUAAAUUGAUUAUUAAUCAUGUAACCCCUUUAACAGGCCAUUUUUAUUAUAAUAAUUUUAGUAACUUCUCGAUUUUCAAGUUGUCUUAUUAGACAACUGUGUAAUUCUCUUAUUAAACAUAUUUUAUAUAUUAAGUAUUAACAAAAUGAUCCAAAGAUUUCUAAACACCCCCCUACACACCCACAAAUACACUUUUUUACUCUUGAUGACACUUUAUAUUUUUUUGUUUGCAAACUUUUGAUGAGUCUGGUCUAGUGGCCACAAAAUAGAAAAAAUAUUUUAUAUUUUAAUUAUUGUUAUAAACAUUUCUAUAUAUGUAAAAAAUUACCAAGAUUUUUUUUAUUCAAAUUUAUAACUGUGAUUGUCAUUGUUGAGUUUAAUUUGUUUUUUCUUUAUGAUUUCCUAUUUUUAAUUUUAAUUAAUUUAAUUGAGAACAGACUUGAGAUCCAUAAGUGCUUGACUAUUUUCUACUACUAGUCCUUUAAUCUAAGUGUAAAUUUUUAUGUGGAUCAUUUAGUAUUUGUACUUACUGCCCUCAUUAUUGUGUAUUUUAUUUUUAAAAAAACUUUAUAUUAUUUUGUUAUUUAAUUUGUUUUUAUUUUCUUAUUUGUUUUUUAUGAUUUUUUUUUAAUUGAAAGAAAUAAAAGUGUGUUUUAUUUAUUGAACUCUUUCAAUUGAAAGAGUAUGACAAUCAAA